CCCAAGCCUACCACGCCCGCUAAGAUGGGCCAGACGGGUACGAUCUUGAGUCAGACCGAUUUCUGUAUCUUUUUGCCUCCCAAGUUCGGCGGCGACAUUGCCCUGAACGAGGACCGCGCCGUGGCCUUCUGCACCAAGCCCAACAUGCCCGGCGCAGCUAACGCCCAGGUGCUCCCUGCUGGAUUCAUCAAGACCGCCCACUUUGUUGCUAACACAACCGCGAACUGGGUCCAGGUCACCGGCCGCAUCGACCGCUCCAAGUAUGGUCUUUCACCCAAGGAUGGAGGUGGACAGUACGAUAUGCGCGCCCCCGUUGGUGCGUUGUGCAACGGAUACAAGUCCUUUGUCCAGCUGACGGAGCCCGAUGCUCAGAUCUACUGCAUUCGCUGCUGCCAGAACAAGACCGAUUGCCCCGUUAACAAGUCGACCCAUGGAUGCGUGAAAGUUCUGGGUGGCAGCUAUUUGUAGAGAAUACCC